AUGUCGACCAGUGGGCUAAAAGCCAUCGCGCCUGUUCCCACGGCGACUGAUUUUCUUGAUAUCAUCUUGUCCAGGACUCAACGCAAGACACCGACGGUCAUCCACAAAAACUUUAAAAUCAGUCGGAUACGAAACUUUUAUAUGCGAAAAGUAAAGUUCACUCAAGACUCGUUCGAUGAAAAGCUUGGGGCGAUAUUACAGGAAUUUCCAAUCCUUGAUGACCUCCAUCCCUUCCUUUCUUCCCUUAUGAAUGUACUAUACGACAAGAACCAUUACAAGCUCGCUCUCGGUCAGCUCAGAACUGCCAGACAUCUAAUUGAUCACGUCGCAAAAGACUACGUUCGAUUACUCAAAUUUGGAGACAGUCUCUACCGGUGCAAACAACUAAAACGGGCCGCUCUUGGUCGAAUGGCGACUAUAAUGCGCCGACAAAAAGAUCCUCUUGCAUACCUUGAACAGGUCCGACAACAUAUAUCACGUCUGCCUGCCAUAGAUCCAAACACCAGAACACUCCUUAUAUGUGGAUACCCUAAUGUUGGAAAGUCUUCGUUCAUUAAUAAGGUGACUCGCGCCGAUGUCGAUGUACAACCGUACGCUUUUACGACAAAGUCCCUCUUCGUGGGGCAUUUGGACUACAAAUAUCUCCGAUGGCAAGUGAUCGAUACACCUGGAAUCCUGGAUCAUCCAUUGGAAGAGAUGAAUACGAUUGAAAUGCAGAGCAUCACUGCAUUGGCGCAUUUGAAAAGCUGUGUGUUGUAUUUCAUGGAUCUGAGCGAACAGUGUGGAUACACGGUUGAAGCUCAGUGUAAACUAUUCCACUCCAUCAAACCCCUCUUCGGCGGCAAGCCCACCCUGCUCGUAAUCAACAAAGUCGAUGUCACCCGGCUAGAGGACCUCGCCCCCGAACCUCGGGCAUUGGUACAAGAGAUCAUCGAUUCGGAAAAUGUGCAAUGUAUUCAAGUGUCGUGUUACUCCGAAGAAGGAGUAAUGGAGCUCAAAAACAAAGCGUGUGACGCUCUCCUUGCCGCGCGUGUUGACAGCAAGCUCAAGGGUAGCAAAAUCAACACUGUCAUCAACCGGAUACAUGUCGCUCAGCCCAAGGCUAGAGACGGUGUCGUCCGGGCGCCGUUUAUUCCUGAUGCUAUCAAGGAAAGGAAGAAGUACGACAAGGAGGAUCCUGAAAGGAGAAAAUUACUGAAAGAUACUGAGGCAGAGGAGGGUGGCGCAGGAGUGUUUAACAUCAACCUCAAACAGGACUACAUGCUCAAGGAUCCUGAAUGGAAAAUGGAUAUCAUACCAGAGAUCAUGGACGGAAAAAACAUUGCCGACUUUAUUGAUCCUGAUAUCGCCGAGAAACUUGAAGCACUUGAGCGGGAGGAGGAACGGUUAGAAGGUGACGGGUUCUACGAUAGCGAUGAAGAUAUUCCUGAUUCCGACGAGGAACGGGAAGCCGGAGCGGCCGAAAUUGCCCUUCGGCGUAAAAUCAGAUCGCAAGCUAUGAAGAAAGCACAAAAGAACACAGCCCGGUUACCUCGAACUGCUGGUCUCCGUACGCUUACUGAACUCACAACUGAACUCACCGCGGCUGGUUUGGAUCCGAGUAGAAUACAAGAACGUGCUGAAUUGUUGGCAAAGGUACAAGGUCAGAAGAGGAAGCGGGCGAUGGAGGAGGAAGAAAUGGAUGUUGAUUUAGAUGGCGAGGAAGGAGGGGAAGAGGAUGAAGGGUGGAUGGACGUUGACGGUGAGGUCCCACCGACGCUGAAGAGGGCGAAAGGCAACUCUGGUGCUGUGGUCGCAGUUACUUCAAAGAGGGAACCAAGGUCAAAUCGCCAAUUUGCUGGUUUACGGGAUCAAGCGCAAGCCACGAAAGCUGUCAAGUUACGAAAUUUUGGACAACGGCCUCGCAACAUGCUCGCCAAAGCAGGCGAGAGCGACCGUGCUAUCAAGGUCAAGAUGCCCAAACAUCUGUUUUCAGGAAAGCGCAAAGGAGGCAAGACUCAAAGACGGUGA